AUGGCAGCCUACCAGCACCCUGAAGACGAUACCAUGGUUCUAAUGACUGACAACACCUCUACCGGUAGUUCCAAAGACCGAGUCAAGAAUGAGUCAUCCCCGGACAAGGCUACCGAAAAACCCGAUCCGACUCAGAAACCGCCCUAUUCUUAUGUGGCCCUGAUUGCUAUGGCUAUCCGAGAGAGUCCGGAGAAACGGCUCACACUUUCUGGCAUCUAUCAAUACAUCAUUACCAAAUUCCCAUUCUACGAGAAGAAUAAGAAAGGCUGGCAAAACAGCAUCCGCCACAACCUCAGCCUCAACGAGUGUUUCAUCAAAGUGCCCAGGGAAGGUGGCGGGGAGAGAAAGGGAAAUUACUGGACACUGGACCCGGCUUGUGAAGAUAUGUUUGAAAAGGGCAACUAUCGAAGAAGGAGGAGGAUGAAGCGCCCGUUUCGACCCCCGCCUACCCACUUCCAACACAGCAAGUCGGCUUUAUUCGCAGGUGACAGCUAUGGCUACAUCGGCCCUCCCAAGUACUUGCAAUCGACUUUCAUGAACAAUUCAUGGCCUCUUGGGCAGCCGCCUGCGCCAAUGUCUUAUGCCUCCUGCCAAAUGGCCAGUGGCAACGUCGGCUCUGUCAAUGUGAAGGGACUUUCGGGGCACACGUCCUACAACCCUUAUUCGCGAGUGCAGAGCAUGGGUCUGCCCAGCAUGGUGAACUCCUAUAACGGCAUGAGCCACCACCAUCACCCCCAUCCCCAACAACUCAGUCCGGCUCCCCCGCCUUCCUCCAGCAAUGGGGCCGGUCUGCAGUUCCCCUGCGCCAGGCAGCCUGCUGAUCUCUCCAUGAUGCACUGUUCUUACUGGGACCACGACAGCAAACACAACGCAUUACACCCAAGGAUAGACAUUUAA